AUGGGAGCGGAAGAAGAAUCGGUGGAGCAGGCGGCAGCAGCCCGCCGCGAGAGGUUGAGAGCCCUCCGAGCCGCUAAAGAGCUUCUGAGUACUCCCGACGAGGAAUCUGCUGCGGCGGCUGGGAAUGUUUCUGACCGUAGGGUUCUGGUGCAGAAGGAGACUGGCGAUGGAGAUGAUCGAGAGGGUGAUCUCGACGAACCCAAUGGAAAGCGGUGAGCUCGAGUUUCUCUGCUUUUGUUCUUUUUUUCUUUGUCACUUUUUUACCGCAUUUGGUUGGAAAAUUUGCUUUCUUGUGGCAUGUGAGGGGACGCGUUCUCUCGAUGAGUUCGUUAUCGUAGUUCCCGCUCUUGCAGCCUCACGUUGUUGAUGAAUCCUCGAACUGCUGCCGACGUCUUUCUUAUAGAGAUGUUUUAUUUGCUUGCUGUCCAAGUGCUAGGUAUCUUUGCCUGGCAAGAGUAAGAAUGACUCGUCACAAGUAGAUAGUGAAUGAGCGAGUGAGAGGAGAGAGAUAUUUUUCAUGAUGCCAAUAUCUCCAGGCAUCGAUUAGGGCAUGGGUUUUCAGUUUACAGAGUAUUGAUUUGUCGUGCUGCCUUUCUGAUCCUCUUGACAACUAAAAUGCUACCUUCUAGAUCAAGGUGGCCCACUCCAUUUGGCCAAAAAAUGGAUUGUACAAAAUUUUGCGAAAUACACUGAGAAUGACUGAGUCACUGUAGUAAUCGCUCUUGAUUCACAUUGCGUUUCGUUGCUUAUAUCGCAACCCUUCUACUUUAACAUGACAUGCUGCUUAUUCUCUACGCUUUUUUUCAUAUUAGCUCAUAGUGUAAAUGGUGAGAUUUUCGUCGAACGAAGUCCAGAGGUUAUAGUGGUCAUGAUUGUCUUUGUUUCGUAGAGUUGAUUGGUUCUGCCUUUUGUCAAGAAGGCGUCAACUGUUUUUUGUUUAAACUAUUACCGUCUUUUCAAUUGGCAUAAGUUCAUAAUAUUUUAUUAUAUAAUGCAAUAGGGUGAUCAGUGAUGAAGGUACAGCUUCACAAACUGCUGUUGUUGCUCAUUCUGAGCGGUUAAGAACUCUUAAAGAUGAAAAAGAACUUCCAAGUGCACCAGACGAUCUUGUGGAAGUUUCUGAAGACGUUGAAGAAGAGAAGUGAGUAUUAUACUUGUGCUUUCUCAUUUGUUCUUUUUUUCCGUUAUUUGGGUAAAGGGUAUGGAUAAGCCCCUUGAAUUAUGGAUAAACGCUUCUUUUUCACUUGCUCCUUCAAGUCUCCACAAAUUAUACUUGUCUCAGUAUUUUGUUCCUCAGUUAGCUUUCUGUUAACUAUGAGGAAUGUUCGAAAAAGAUGAUCAUACAGUUUAAAUAUCUGCGUCCACUUUUCUUGGAACAUAAUAAUACACCCUCAGUGGGAAAAGAGAGAACUUUUUUUGGUGCUGUGUUCAAUGGUGGAGAGAGAGAGAGAGCGGGUUAGAUAUUUUUGGAGAGGAAAUGUGACUGUUGCUAUUGGGGGAAGGUAAUUUUUGGUUGGAAGAUAUGGUAUUCUUAUAAUUAGUCUAGAUCCACCACCUUCGUCCAUGAUAUACUGAGUUAUCUCUAACAAGCAUAUAUUUUAUUGUACCUUAAGAGUCAAGUACAAAGAGAGGUGUUCUCCAUGAUUCAAAAGGACUUUGGGGAGGUUAAACUAAGUUAACCUUGAUUAGCAGGAUUUUCUCCAUUUUUACCUGAGCUUUUAUAUGCAAUUGACUCUAACUUUUCUUGGUUUCACCGGUUAGAAAUAAAACUUGAAGAUUGGGACUUCAUUUCUGUCAUUUCAUGUGUAUGGUUACAAUUACUUACGCUCUCAGUGUGCCUAUGAUGUCGCACCGUGUGAAUUUUUAGCUAGCGUAUAUCAUCUUACUUUUUCUUUAUUUAACCAGUUAAUUGAGUUUAUUUAUGCCCUUGAUAUAAGUGUGUGAGUGUGUGGAUGGAGAGAGAGAGAGAGAGAAGAAAAAGACGUGUGCUUUCAACACAAGAGAUACUCUGUGGAAUAUUCAUUAUCGUCAUUUUUUGAAAAAAACCUUUGAAAAAUUGUGGAGCUUUUAUAGGAAUUCCAUGCACUAGUCAGAAUCCGUACAUCUUGGAAAUAGAUGUUUCUCCCAGUGGAUCAAAAGCAAUGGGUUUUGUCAAACCAGGAUCUCGAUCUUCUUCUUGAUCUUCUUGAUCAGGUCUUCACCCUCCCCUCUCACUGUAGCCACCCAGAAAUCCCUUUAGAGUAGAUUUCCGAAAAGUCAUUAUUCAAUUAACCUCUACGCCGGUUUAAAUACCGGUUACAUCUAUAGUGGGCCAAGCCCUCUUAUUUUGACGAAAGAAAGGAGCCCAUUAAGUAGUCCAUAACUGACUUACUUAAGGGUCCAAAUAGAAAAGAGGCACUACAUAAGGAAAAACACACAUAAAAAAAUCCUAGCUUGUCUGACAGGUUUGAUGGAUUUGAAGUUGGGAAACGGCCUCUGUGAAUUUUAUUUUUUUGGAGAGAGUCGUUCAAUUGAGUUGGACAGGUUUAUGUUUCUGGUAACUUUUACCAAGAGCUUUGGGGGUCAAAAGGCCAUUCUAAGUGAAUGCCCAUCUCAACUUGUUUACUUGAGUAAAGUCAACUGUUUGAAAUUCUGGAUUCUAUGCUGAGGUUUUGGAAAAAGUAGUACAGAUAGGUUAAAACAAGGAUCGAUGCACCAUGAAAGUAGUAUCUUACCUUCUGUAAACUCAAAUGAGGAGAAAACGCAAAGGGAGUAGAACGAGAAUAUUGUGAAAAAAAGUUUAUAGAAUUAGAAGGCCUUAUUGGUUGUUGAAGAAAACAGAAGAUCUUGGGGAAGACCAAGGGAUCCUCACUGCUGAAGACUGACAAAAGAUGAACUAGUCUGACGAAGAAGUGAAAAAGAAAAUUAGGAAAUCAAUUUAAAGUAUCAUUAAAAAAAAAAGCUUGAAAAAACGUCAAAUGCAAGCUUUGUUUUUUUCAUUUCGUGAUUUCUACCAAGAGAAGAAAUAAAAAGAUCAACCACGUCAAUGUGGGUACCCCAUGAGAUUGAAGACAAGGAGGUGCAAAUCAACAGCAUCGAGGUCAAGCAUGUUUACAGCUUGUACAUGGUCGAGCAUGAUACCCCAUGGCAAUAGGUCCUACGCAAGUGGAACUUUUGAAUGCUGGAUGGACAUGGAAGAGUUGGAAUGGUACAGAGAAACGGCUGGAACAGGGCUUAGGAUUGGCAAAUGCAGCACAUGGAUCUCAAUCUCCCCCCUGUUGAGGCACAAGAACACUUUUUAAAAAUGAACUUUAUGGAAUGGUUCUUCCUCGCCAUGUCUCCAGUAGAAGUUCCUUUUGAUCCUCCAUUCCAAUUGACAAGUACCAUCUUUUUCCUGAAACUUUUAUAAGAAUGGGGCAUGAAAGAGGGUGAGGGUCUAUACCGGUGCAAACCAAACUGUCACCCAAAGUCUCUCUGUAGUCUCCAUGUUGCAAUUUCGAGGCACCAUAUGUGGACAGGAUGUGACAAGAAGAUGAAUGUGCAGACUGCUAUAAGGAAAAGCAUGUCGCAGAGAGAAACAAGUGGGUAUCGAUACCAUUAAUUUGGCUUUUAUAUGGCUGAUGCCAACAGGCACGGUCAGGCAGUAAUUAGGUAUGUAUCUAUUUUAUGUAAGAACCUUGGAUUGUUCCUAUGCAAAACAAUUCAGGCAUGAAUUGGCUGAUUCUGCCAAACUAGGCUGAUCUCGACUGCCAACACGAAGAAGGAUCUAUUUCCGAUUGAGAAGCUUUCCACAAUUCAAGUCCAAUUAAGGAUGCACCAUACUUCUUGCCACUUCGGCUGGCGUGGCACAAUGUAUCCUCCGUCUUCCACCUUGUGCCCAUCUGUGAGGUCCGAGCAUAUCACUCACAAUAUCACUAUAUGGAACCAGUGAAGCCUAAAGCGAGAAAAUCCCAUACUAUUAAUAAUUUCCUCUCCAUGUAGGCGAGAACAUUUCCAAGAACAAUUUUAUUCCGCUUCCUUUUCCCAUUAAAAAUCCAUAUAAUUUUUGAUUCGUGCAUCGAGUGGUUUUGCCUUUAGGGUUUGCUAAUUGAUAUUUUCUAUUGAUAUGUGCAUCGGGUCUACGUAGAACUGUGAAGGCUGGCAUAAGAAUGAAUGCCUAUAUUUACCUAACAGGACUGGCAGAACCCCCCCUUCUAUACAGUGUUCAGUCAAGUCCCUAAUCACAGAAUGACCGUACCUGUACAUGGUCGCAGGAUGAACGUGAAGUUCAGGAACUAUGUCCCUCUUGACAAACGACUUCAAGAGCACAAGCUAGCUCCACCAGCCUUACCAAAGUUUGAAGACCCAGUAGCUCCUGUUGCCGAACCUGAGAAAAUCGAGGUGAUCGUUGGUCGUCAAUGAUCUAAAUACUUUCUAAAGACGAGCCUAUUUCCUUUCCGUUCUCAGAAAUUUUUCUUCUUACUGUUCUUUAUGUUUCCAUGGGAAAGCAGGAUCCAUUUGUAAAUAUUGCCCCCAAGAAGCCAAAUUGGGAUCUCCGCCGAGAUGUGCAGAAGAGGCUCGAUAAGCUCGAGAGGCGCACUCAGAAAGCCCUUUACGAGCUUUAUAGUCAGUACCCAGACCAUUUCCAUUUAUUUUUCCCUUUUUUCUUUGUAAUUCACCAACUAAUAAUUUGUUCUUGCUACAGUGGAACAAGAGGAGAGGCACGUAUUGGAGGGUAAUGGUGAACUACCCCCCCAGGAUUAG